AUGAAAACACAAAUUUCUUAAGAUUUAAUAAAUCAGUACAUUUAAAUGGGAUUCCCAUUCGAAUAAAUUAUUACGGCUUGGGAUUUGAUUGAUUUUGAGUAGGAAAUGUUAAACAUGCUCUUAAUUUUGUCAAGUUAAAUAUAAUAGAGUUAGAAAAGCGGAAUUGUAUGACUUUUAAUAUUGUUAUUAGAAACAACAAGAAGAUUCGGCCAUAGCAUAGCUGUUGCUUGAAUCACAGUUAAACAAUUAAUAGUCAGAAAUUCAAAUAAUCUUGCCUUAAUAGAAAAUGAGAGUCAAUGGAAUACCAUGCGGGUUAAAAAAUAUUGGGAAUACUUGCUAUUUCAAUAGUCUGAUGUAGAUAUAUUUCUUUAACAGUCAAUUUGUGAAGACUAUAAUGGCUUUCUAACCUCCGUUAUAACACAAGGAUGCCAAAAUUGUUAAAUCAUCCUAAUUGGUAUUAAACCUAUAAAAUCUUUUCGUAAGAAUGAUUGGAAGUGAUAAGAAGUAUGCAGAUCCAGGAGAAGUUGUUAGGUGUAUAACUGACCAUUUAGGAAAUUCACUUCCUAUUGGGAGUUAAAAAGAUGUAGGGGAAUUCAAUGAUUAUUUCUUAAGUAGGAUAGGAGAAGGUCUAACAUAGAAAGAACAACAAUAUAACCAAAUUAAAGAUAGCCAGAUUGAAUCUUCUUCUUCAUCAAUAUUAAAGUAAAGGUCUUCCAUUAUCCAGGUUGAUGACCUUGUUUCAGAAUUGUUUUUUUGCUAGGUAUUUAGCCAAAUUGAGUUUGAACAAUAAGGUGUUCAAUAAAUCAAAGAAAAAAAUGAGAUUUGCAAUUGGAUUCCACUUAAUAUAAAAGAUGGAAAUUUAUAUGAUAGUUUUGAAAGUUUGAUUAUUAAUCAUUUAGAGGAUUUCAAAAAUGAUUUAAAUGAAACUGUUUAAGCUAUUCAAUACAAUUGGAUAUCUUCUCCGCCUAAAACGCUAUCAUUUUAACUUUAAAGAGUUCAUUUUCGCUAAGAAUAAGGUAUCUUAUUAAGGAUAAUGUAGUUUAGGUAAAUCAAUUAAAUUAAAUGAUGAGUUUACAUUUGAUGAAGAAAUCUAUAUAGAUCGCAUUUUAAAGAAAAAUCGGGAGAAAUAUCGAAAUAUAUUAAAAAAAACUAAAGAAUUAAAGUCUUAAUUACAGUAGUUUAAACUAUAAUAAGAAUAGAAUAAUUUUAAUAAUCAAUGGGUUAUUUAGAAUAUAAUAACAAGUACGAUUUAAUACAUGUUUACUUAAAACAAUGGAAACAAAAAUCCUGGAUUGUUCAACUAAUAAGUAUAGUAAUUUCACGAAUAAUAAAUGGCAAUUAAAAACCAAUAACUCUAAUAAAAAUGCGAUGAUAUUGAAAAGUAAAUACAGACUAAUUUUGAUGAUUUAAAAAAUUACAAAUACGUUCUCUAAUCCAUUCUUAUGCAUAAUGGUUAAGCUGGUAAUCUAUAUUCUAUUAUUAGAUUGUGGACAUUAUUACACUUAUAUCAAAGAUUUUGGGCUUAAUAAAUGGUUUAAAUUCAAUGACAUUGAAGUUUAGGAGGUGACUAAAGAGAAGGUAUUUUAUGAUGCUUUCGGAAAAAAUAAAGGAGAGAAUGCAUAUCUAUUAAUCUAUAUUAAAGUAGAUAUUAUGGAAAAAGAUUUGCAGUCGUAGAUGAGAACCUACAGAACAAGCUCUUCAUUUCAAUAUUUAUAAGACACUUAUGGAAGUUUCCUUAAUAAUAAGUAAAGAGAAGAAUUAGCCAAAGAGAAUUUAUAGCUUUAAAAAGAAAUAGGCCAAAUUUAACCUUCAUUAAUAGACUAAAUUAUGGAGUCUUAUUCAGAGCAAUUCAAUAUUAUUAAUUAGCAGUAUAUGAAUAUAUCUAACUUUUGGUAAACAGUAGAGUUAAAGCCAUUGAUUAUGAUGAACUUUCCAAUGUAUAUUAUGAGCAAAAUGGCUUUAUCCACUAAUGGUUAUUAUGAAAAUAUAUUAAAAUGGGUGGUGAUUGAAUCGGCAUUUGUAUAGGUGAAUCCAGAUAAAUCAGGUGGUUAAGGGAAAAAUAUAUAAAUGUCCAAUGAUGUAAUUUAAAUGAUAAUCAUAGUUAUAAAUGCAAAUAAUGAAUAAAUUUAAGGAACUCAAUUUCCCAUUAGAGUUGUUAAGCCAAACAUAAUUAAAUGAGAAAUAGAAAUUGCUAUAGGAAUACAGCUCAUAUAUUUAAAUGGCAUCUUUGGCCUCUAUACUGUUUGAUACAGUCAUAUCCGAAAAUUUUACAAGUGCUUUAUCAAUUCUACAUCAAUUGUAAACAAGGGUUGAAGAAUCGAAUUAGCACAUUUAUUUUAAACAAAUAGUAAGUUAUUUAUAAAGAUUAAUUCCUAUCAUAAUAAUAGGCAAAAUGAUUCCUGUGCAAGAACCCGUAAAUUUGCAAGAAUUGGAGUUACUUCAAAUUUAUUUCGUUUAUUAGUAUUUCAAGCAUUAAUUAACAACUGUAUGGGAAAGAUAAAUCUUGAUAAUGAUGAGUGCGAUCUUAAAAAAUCAUUAUGAACCAUAAAUUCAGAAAAUUAUUGAUUAAUUUCACAAUAAAAAUUUAGAUCCACAUUUAGUAGGAAAUAUUAUUAAGAUUAGUAACGUAAAUACUUAUAAAAAUUAUAAAUAUAGGAUGUAAUUAGUCAACAAGCAUAUUUAAUUAGUCAUUAUGAUAUUUACAAUUGGUUUCCGACUUAAAAGUUAGAUAUUUUAUUUGAUAGUUUGGUCACAAGUGAGAAUGAUUUGAAACUCAAAUUUUAAGUACGAUAACUAUUAAAUUUAGAAAUAUAUCAAGAUAAAAAUGGAAAUUGAAAGAUAAAAUGAACCUUUGAUAUAAGAAUAAAUAGAAGCUUUAUUAAUUUGA